AUGACGCAGCUACAGAAGCCCCAGAAGCCCGUGGUGGACAUCGCGCAGUCCUUCAAGCACGUGCCGGUUCUGGACGCCGACGCCCCCGGCCUCACGUGUCUAGGCGACCAGGUCACCACGACGUUCGUGGCCGAGACAGCGUUGCCCACGGAUGGCGGCAUGUUCCGCGUACGCGCCUACCGCUCCGUUGGCUCACUGCGCGAGAGCGAGCCCAUCGCCAUGAUCACCGGAGACGUACGCGGCAAGCGCAACGUACCAGUUCGCGUGCACGACCAGUGCUUCACGUCGGAAGUGUUCGGCUCACUAAAAUGCGACUGCAGGGAGCAGUUGGACUACGCCAAAGCGUACACCAAGCAGCACGGCGGCGUGGUCAUCUACAUGCCACAGGAGGGUCGUGGUAUCGGUUUGGCCAACAAGAUCAUGGCCUACUCCAUGCAGGAACGCGGUCUCGAUACGGUGGACGCCAACCGCGUAUUGGGCUUCAAGGACGACUAUCGUUCGUAUGAGCCUGUGCCAGCGAUUCUCAAGGACUUGGGCGUCCAGUCUAUUCGACUGCUGACCAACAACCCACGCAAGAUCCGAUUACUGAGUCAACUUGGCAUCACAGUCGAGGGACGACUGCCCGUGGUGAUCAAGGGCGGCGAGUUCAGCCAAGGAUACCUAACGGCGAAGGCCAAGCGGAUGUCGCACUUGCUGCCUGCGGACGGCAGUGGUGAAGAUACGUCUACUGACGAGAGUCAGGACGAAGAGGAGCAGCAGACGAACCCACAAGAAGCUGUAGCAACCGCAUCACCGACGGCAUCGUCGUCCUCGUCCUCUGGAGAAUAUUAG